AUCCGAGUAGCGUUCUGAGAUUAGUCGUAUUGUUGACUCUGUGUUUACUACGGCCGGUAAAAUCCCGACGUAUGUGAUCAAAAUCGUUGGCAACGAAAUCAGUGAGUGCCAAAGUUUCGUGAAAAUUGUGUACGCGGUACGGACUGGAUUCCAGAACUAAACUAAUAAUUGCAGGGCAAUUCAAUUAAUUUACGUGGAAUAAGUUUUCCAAUCUUCUCAAACAUCCGUUGAUAUUCGUCCCGGGAAUUUGGGUCCUUUGAUAUAAUUACACACACCUCGAGAUGACGAAAAAGAGAGGAAAGAAGGGAAAACAGCAAGACACAGGCCAGGCCUCUAAAUCUCAGCCUGCAGCCACUGUAUCAGAGCCAGGACCUCCUCCAAAAGCAGCGCCAGAAAAUCCUCCAAGUGGCCCACCUUCAACUUCUUCGACACCACCUCCAAGAGGAGUAGAUAGAGGUGAGGACCCUCAUCCUAAAGGAAGAGGCAGAAGCAGAGGUAGAGGGACCACUUCUGAACCACAGGCUCCAGGCCCAGGACGUGGAGCUGGAUCGACAGGUGGUCCGCCUUUUCAGGGACCACUUGCCCAGGGACCUCGACCUCAAACACCGCCUGCACGGGGACCUCGACCUCAGGCACCUGGCAGCCAACCACAGCAAGUGCCACAACAGCAGCCAUCGCCCCAACAUGGCCUACCACAGCAACAGGGACCCCGUCAACCUGGACCACAGCAGAUCCCACGACAACAAAGUCCAUGGCAAGGACCACCACAGCAACAGGGACCCCGUCAACCUGGACCACAGCAGGUCCCACGACAACAAAGUCCAUGGCAAGGACCACCACAGCAACAGGGACCCCGUCAACCUGGACCACAGCAGGUCCCACAACAACAAAGUCCAUGGCAAGGACCACCACAGCAACCGGGACCCCGUCAGCCUGGACCACAGCAGGUCCCGCAACAACAAGGUCCAAGGCAAGGACCACCACAGCCAUCACCCCAACGAGGCCCAUCACAACAACAGGGACCUCGUCAAACUCCUCAGCAACAACCACAGCAGACGGAUUCUGCAAAAUCUGUGGAAUCACUACAAGAAGGCAUAGCUAAAAUGAGCUUGAUUCCCUGUCGUAAAAAUCCAGCUAAAGCGGGAACAAUGGGAAGACCGAUUGUAGUAGAAGCAAAUGUAGUGUCACUGAAGUUUAACUCAAACUUCAAUCCACAUGCCGUGCACUAUGAUAUUUCCUUUGAUCCUGAUAAACCGAAAUUCAUGCUACGAAGAACGUACGACGCCAUCCAUGAAAAAUAUUUCCCCAAUCGACACCCUGCUUUUGAUGGCAGGAGAAAUUUAUACAGCAGCGGAGUACUUCCGUUUGGCGACGGUAUGAAAGCGGAGAUAGAGGUGUACAAUCCAGAGCGCGAACAAAACAAAACAUACAAGGUGGUCAUCUCCAGAGUUGCUGAUAUCGAUCUUUCGUGGUUGCCGCGUGUUGCUCCCGGCAUGCCUCAAAUUGAGCAAACUGCAGUACAAGCAAUUGAUGUUGUAUUACGCCACGGGGCUGCUUCCAAAUGCGUACAGGUCGGUCGAUCAUUCUUUCAACCUCCAAAAGGUCAUAUCGUAGAUUUGGGAAACGGUAUGGAGUUAUGGGUAGGCAUGUUUCAAUCAGCUAUUAUCGGUUGGAAACCAUACUUGAACGUUGACGUGGCCCACAAAGGAUUUCCGAAAGCUAUAAAUAUAGUCGAAUAUAUGCGAGAAAUAUGUGGAUCUCGAUUCUCCCCAAGGGACGUGGAAUACAAUAAAAUAAACAUUGCGAAGCAACUCAAGGGAUUAAAAGUUAUUUACGAAAUUCCUGGACAUCCCACAUCAAAGCGAACCCAGCGAAUAAAUGAUCUUACGCAAAGUGCAGUGAAAAGCAUUUUCACGUUGGACAAUGGAAGUAAAACAUCUGUUUACGACUAUUUCCGGAAGGAAAAGAACUAUACUAUCAAAAACCCAGAACUCCCCUGUGUCUGGGUUGGUGGACGCAAUCGACAGAUCUAUGUACCAGCUGAGCUAUGCACAAUCGUUCCUGGUCAAGUUACGAUAAAAAAAAUGGACGAAAUACAAACCUCUAACAUGAUUAAAGCUGCUGCUACAAGUACUGACAUCCGGAAGCAGAAAAUUAUGAAUGCGUUUGCAUCGAUCAAUUUCAACAACGAUCCUUGCGUGAAAGAGUUUGGGCUAUCUGUCGGGGGCGGAUUUGAAAAGGUGCCUGCUAGAGUGCUUGAUCCACCGGUAUUGAUGUAUGACCGGCAAGUUCGAGUCAGUCGGGGGACAUGGAGAGCAUCGAGAUUUAGUAACGCUGCUGACUUACAACCUAAAACUUGGACAAUUCUUAAUUUGAACGGCAGAUAUACGAGAGAAAAUGAUUUGUACAGACUUGCAGAUGAUCUGAUAUCAAAUGCAAUAAAAUGUGGUAUGAAUCUUGGUGAAGCACUUACACCCUUUGUCACAUUGGAUCCACCAACGCGCGAUGUUCGUGGGAUCAACAACUUCUUCCAACAAAACAAAAAUUUAAAAUUAAUCAUUGUGGUUAUACCUGAUCGUGGAUCUGCAUACAGUAAAGUGAAGCAAGCGGCAGAAAUCCAUAUAGGGGUAUUAACACAGUGCAUUAAAGCCCGAACUGUUGGUCGACUGAGUGAAGCAACAACAUCCAACAUUCUCUUAAAAAUAAAUUCAAAAUUAAAUGGUGUGAAUCACAUGAUAAUGGAUAAUAAUCUCAAACCUAAAUGCCUCAUGAAACCUUGCAUAAUUAUCGGCGCCGAUGUAACGCAUCCUCCACCAGACGCCGUUGAUGUACCGUCAAUAGCUGCGGUAGCAGCUAGUCAUGAUGCAAGAGCACAAUUCAAGUAUAAUAUCAAGUGUCAGCUGCAACCACCUCGGGAAGAGAUUAUUCUAGACCUGCAAAGAAUGGUAAAGGAACAAUUAUUGUUCUUUUACAAGUCAACUGGUUACCAGCCUCAGCAAAUCAUUUUCUACAGAGAUGGAGUAAGUGAAGGUCAGUUUGCUCAAGUCUUGAGCCGAGAGCUACCGGCUAUUCAAAGAGCUUGCGGGCAAUUGAAUGCAAACUACAAACCACCAAUCACGUUUUUGGUCGUACAAAAGAGGCAUCACGUUCGCCUGUUUCCCACAGAUGAACGAAAUUCUGAUGAUGCCCGUAAAAAUUUCAACGUGCAAGCUGGGACAGUUGUAGAUACUAUGAUAACGCAUCCUUCACACAUCGACUUUUACCUUGUGUCGCAUGCCAGCAUUCAGGGUAUGGCUAGACCUACAAAGUAUAGAUGCCUCUGGGAUGACAGCAAGAUGUCUGAAGACGAGAUUGAGCAGUUAACGUAUUAUCUGUGUCACAUGUUUUCGAGAUGUACACGGUCCGUCAGUUAUCCGGCACCCACCUACUACGCUCAUUUGGCUGCAUAUCGAGCAAGGGUUCACACCGAAGAGGUUCCCAUCAACAUUCAUAAUUUGAACGAAGAACAGCGCAAAAAAUUGACUCUUCAUGAAGGAAUAAUAGAAAAUCCCAUGUUUUUCGUAUAAAAAUUGCAGUUCCGUUAUCCGAAACAGGAAAUAAACGGAUAUUUGAUUAAUAUCUUAUAAUAGCUAUAAUAUUAUUAUAUAUAUAGCUUAUAAAUAUCUAACUUUUGUCACCAUAGAUGGGAAUGUUGGUUAGAACAAAAACUAAAGCCCCCGUUGAAAUACCAUUUCUAACAUAUUAGCAAUAGUCAACUGGUUAUGGUUAUCAUUCUUGAGCUUACUCCUAUUACACAUAAUCAUAGUGAUUGUUAAACCUAAUUUUUUUCGCGACUUCGAUAAUUUUUUCAACGCAAUUUUCCUACUAUUUUGUAUCAUGUGUACCAUAGAAAUAGUUUAUAAUGUUUCAUCUUACAAUUGGAAUGCUGUGAGAUGACUGAUUUUUGUUUUUCUCUUGAACAUGUAUUUUGAACUAGAAUCAAUAAUCACGGUUUCCAUUAGCGCUUGCUGUACCUAUUGUUUAUCGUUUUCAGAAGGCGUGAAGACAUUUUGUAAAUUAUUAAAAAAGUGAUAUAUAUAUUUUUUUUUCACGUUUUAUUAUCGAAGAUACUUUAAAGUCGAUCGCAAUAUCGUUGACUAAAGAUAUAUGUAUCAGUAAUGUAUCUUCAGUCAACGGUAGUGUUAAAGUAUGGGCCGAAAUAAAUUUAUACUAUGAUUAUAUCUACAUAUACCUAAUUAUCCAUAUUCUUUAUCUAAUUAAAGUGUUGAGUAUUGUU